AAACGUUGUUUAAUAUCCAGUGGAAAUGUACUCAAAGAAGUUUGGUCGGAUUUUACUUGGGUUUUAUUCCCAUAACACAAAUGUUUUGAGUGUCAUCCAACGUCGGCUUGCUACUUGUCCUUUUAGUUGGUCAAGUGCAUGUAAACACCGUAAACAGUUGUUGCAGAGGACGACGAUUGUGAGCUCGGAACGGUCUGUCCUUCUCUGUCAGAUGAGUACUCAGUCAGCCUCCAAUACUACCGUGGACCCAGAGGAGUUGAGACGGUUCCAGGCCCUGGCCAGCAAGUGGUGGGAUGAGCAUGGAGAAUUUGCCGCUCUCCAUUCCUUGAAUGACCUUCGCGUACCUUUCAUAAGGGACAAUUUGAUGAGCCUACACAGAGAGUGUCAGCCGGGAAGACCCCUAGGAGGACUCAAGAUACUGGACGUGGGCUGUGGAGGAGGGCUGCUCACUGAGCCCCUGGCCCGUCUGGGAGGUCACGUGCUGGGGGUGGACCCCGUGGAGAACAGCAUCAGCCUGGCCCGGCUUCACUCGUCCAGCGACCCUGAGCUCGGCGGACGGCUCCGCUACCGGGCGUGCACUGUGGAGGAGCUGCUGGGGUCCGAGGAGGAUGUCCGGGGGGAGGAGAAGGAGGCGGGAGAAGGCCCGUUUGAUGCGGUGGUGGCGUCCGAGGUGGUAGAACACCUGGCCGACCUGGAAACGUUUGCUUUCUGCUGCGGUCACUUGAUCAAGCCAGGCGGCUCCCUCUUUAUCACCACCAUCAACAAGACCAACCUGUCGUACGCUCUGGCCAUCGUGGCCGCCGAGCAGAUCCUGCGCAUCGUGCCCCAGGGGACCCACGACUGGGACAAGUUCAUCAGCCCUGCGGACCUGGAGCGUCUGCUAGAGCCCCACGGCUUCUCGGUGCUGACUGUUCAGGGGAUGCUGUACAACCCGGUGACAGGGAGCUGGUGCUGGAGCGACAACACAGAGAUAAACUACGCGCUGCACGCUGUCAAGGCGGCCGAGGAGCCGCCGCACCGCCAGGCGGAGCCAGAGGGACGGGCGUGAACGGUGGCACGGACGAGGUCAUGGACGAGGUUGCGCAGAGGUCAGCCGCUGAACGAGGCCGGCGUUCCUCAUCAACAGAAAUAAAAGGCAGACUUUGGUACACGUUAGGUGCCGUGUACAAAUAAAGACGGGAUGAAACGACACUGCAUCACGGGUUACAUCUGUGUUACGUUAGGACGCUAAUGAGGAAACCAGUCGGUGGAUGUCGAGGAAGUAAAAGAAGAAGGUGUGGGGGACUCUAGGAGUCAAUGAAUCCUGUGGUAAACGUGCUAAGGAUUUCCUUGCAGGGUUUGCUUAGCUUGAGGCAGGUGCAUGCAUUGCUAUUUGUCGGGAUAUUUCCUUCUGUUGUCCUGUGCUGCUGAUUAUAUUCUGCACAUUUUUUUUGGUCCGCUGAUGUUUUCAACAAAACAAGUGCAGCGUAUGUAAGCCAUAACUUCAGGGUGUUGUUUGCUGUUCAGAGAAUGGGAGGAUCACUUCUAUAGAUAUAUAUAAAUUUAUGUAUAUCUUGAUCUAUAUGCAUUUGAUAAAGUCCCUGUUGUGAAUUAUAAAGUCACUCCAUUCAUUUGUUCAAAUCAUUGAAUGACAUUUUGGUACAAAAUAGUUGACUUUCCUGUGUCAAAUCAAAAUUAAAUUAAAAUGGACACGCAUGUAA